CUUUGAUCUAUUUAAAAGAACAUUUCAAGACAUAUUCUAGUAAACUAUCAGAUAUCAAACAAAUUAAAAUAAAAAAAUUUAUUGAAAUGGAAGGCGAAUUGAAAAUUCGUGAAAAUCCUAUUGUCACUAAAUUAGAUACACCGGCAUUUAAAUCUAUAUUUACCGAGGAGAGUAGAACAUUAUUAAAAAUUUUUGAAAAAUAUGGUCAUGAAAUUAGAAUCGCAGGUGGUGCAGUAAGGGAUAUUAUCAUGGAUAUACAUCCGAAAGAUAUUGAUUUUGCAACAACAGCAACACCAGAUGAAAUGAAAGAUAUGUUUACAAAAGAAAAUAUUCGAAUGAUAAAUAUGAAAGGUGAAAAACAUGGAACCAUAACGCCAAGAAUAAAUGAUAAAGAAAAUUUUGAAGUUACAACACUUCGGAUUGAUGCUAUAACGGAUGGUAGGCAUGCUGAAGUUAUAUUUACAACUGAUUGGUUGUUAGAUGCUAAUAGAAGAGAUCUUACAAUAAACUCUAUGUUUCUUGGAGCUGAUGGUUCAGUAUAUGAUUACUUUUUUGGUUAUGAAGAUUUAAAAAAUCGUAGAAUUGCUUUUGUUGGUAACGCAGAUAGAAGAAUAAAAGAGGACUAUUUAAGAAUAUUAAGAUAUUUUAGAUUUUAUGGUCGCAUAGCCACAGAUCCUAAUAAUCAUGAGGAAAGUACAAUUAAAGCUAUUAAAGAAAAUGUCGAUGGUUUAGCCAAAAUUAGUGGUGAAAGAAUUUGGGGUGAAUUGAAAAAAACGUUACUAGGGAAUUUUGCUAAAGAACUUAUACUAAAAAUAAAGGAGUGUAACAUGUUUGAGUACAUUGGCCUUCCUAAAACGUCUUCAACAAAAGAUUUUGAGAAACUAUUUGAGUUAAGAUCACAAAGCGAUGAAGACUUUUUGCCAAUAACAUAUUUAAUACCGUUACUUGAAACAGCCGAAGAUGCCGCUAAACUUCACGAAAGACUAAAAUUAUCUGCAAGUGAACGUGACACCGCCUUUUUUAUUACACAAAAUCGAGAUAAAUUUAAAGAAAUCGAUGAUAUUUUAGUAUACAAAAAAUUGUCGCUGGAACCAUAUGCAAGAAAAGAUUUUAUUGAAGAACUUCUUAAAUACCUCGGAAAAUGGGAAAUAUAUAAGGAAUUUAAAGCUUGGAAAAUUCCUUAUUUUAAAAUUAAUGGACAUGUACUAAAAGAAAAAACUUCAUUGAAAGGUGAAGCUUUAGGUGAAGUCAUGAAACAAUUAAAAUUAAUAUGGGCGAAUGAUAAUUUUGAAACAACCACAGAUGAUUUAAUAGAAAAAUAUUUACCAAAAAUUAUAGAAGAAGUUAAAAUUAAAGAUUUUCCUAAUAAAAAAGUAAAAGUUAAGAAGUGAUGGUUAAAUGAAU